UGUGUACACCUGUACUCACACCUGUACACACCUGUGCACACCUGCACACACCUGUACACCACCUGUACACACCUGAGCUCACCUGCACACACCUGCACACACCUGUACACACCUCUCACCUGUAGCCCACCAGCUCGAAGCAGGACUGCUCAAAGUGCUGGGAACAGAAGUAGAUGUAUUUGGAGCUCACCUGUACACACCUGUACACACCUGUACUCACACCUGCACACACCUGAACACACCUGCACACACCUGAGCACACCUGCACACACCUGUACUCACACCUGUACACACCUGAGCUCACCUGCACACACCUGCACACACCUGUACUCACACCUGAGCUCACCUGUAGCCCACCAGCUCGAAGCAGGAGCUCUCAAAGUGCUGUGA